AUGGCUACAUCUCAAUUAGCUUCUUCUGCCACUGAACAACAGCACAGUGCUCCGGCAGAAACUUCCCACAUCUCUCAAUCUCUCAAAUUCGUGGUGUCUAACCUCAAAACGCUGGUACCAAAUCAACUAUCAGCUGAGAAUUAUCCAAUCUGGCGUCAUCAAAUUCUCAAACUUCUCCGCGCUAACGACUUCGAUCAAUUUCUUGCACCGCCGACGUCUUCCGAGACUUCCUCUGACCCUACAGACGUCUUCACGCACAAGAAUUGGCGUUUCAUAGACCAGAAUCUUCAGGCGGCCAUCUGCUCGACAAUAUCCCGGCCAUUACUGCCUUAUAUCCUUCAUCUUGACACUACCUAUGAAAUUUGGCAGUAUCUCACCGAGAUCAAUAAGCUCGUCGAUCAAAUCGCCUCCGCCGACUCUACCGUCGACACUGAAGAUAUUGUUCUGUACAUCAUGAACGGCUUGCCUCCGGCGUAUCAAUCAUUCAAGACCUACAUUCGCAACUCACCUCAGCAAAUUCGUCUUGAAAAUCUUUAUGCCAUGCUCAUCAGCGAGGAAAUUUACAUUAACGUCGAUGCUGCACGCAACCCCACUGACAACAGCCAGCAGGUGGCGUUAUAUGCUCAAAGAGGUCGCGGCCGUCGAUCAAGAGAUCGAUCGAACCCAUCCUCGAACUCAUCUAGUCGCCCCAGCCAAUCGCAACAACAGCUUCCUACUUGCCAGAUCUGCGCCAAGAAGGGUCAUAUGGCAGAUAUCUGCUGGCAUCGUAUGAAUGCCUCCUACACUUAG